AUGGGACAUGCGGCCAUGGCACGCACGUCUCUGGCAUCGUCGCCGGUCGAUCACCUGAGUGGUCAAGGCAAGCCUGAUUCCAUCAGUGAUUGCCCACACGUUCAUGGCAAGAUCCAGGUGAUGGCAAAGGUGGUGGGAACGACAGUGCCCAAGGUCCCCAGCUCUACUCGAUCGUGCCCACGGUGCGGUUACAGUUCAAAUGACGUAGAGAUCCACCCACGGAAGGUGCGGCGCCAUCUUCCCAAGCAAGUUCCCCGAGUGAGUCGUGGGUCGUAG